AGAUACGCUGCCCCUUCCGCUCACCAGCCUAUGUAUUCCGGAGCAAGCGCAUCAGUUGCCCAAUAAAAGUGACCGACAAGACGUCAGGCGACAAGCCAAUUCAUCAGGAUCCGAAUUUCCCUUCGUUUACGAUCGAUCUGAAGCGAUACACGCUGUGGAAAGACGGGCUCAUACCCGCCGACGCCAUCUGGGAUUCGGAAAAUGAUCUGCGGGAAAACGAAUAGGUCGAGGAGGCAUUAGGUGCGUCCAUGGAGCCAUCGGGAUGUGCCGGGACUCAUCGUCCACGUAUACAAGGUUUGAAAAACGCUUCGCUUUUUUCAGAUUUCCAUCGCGCAGGGAUGUGGGACAGGGAUGUAGGGCCCCGUUCUGCUCGCCCCACCUGUAUUCCGGAACGAGGACAUUUGGUGCCACUUUUUACGGAGGUCAGAGAACCCAGGUUGCUCUCCGGGAUGGGGGUGUUGGCGGGAGGGUUAUGAUUAUGGCAUCGCUGGCAUUCUCCAUAUGUUCCGCGAAAUCUCCGAACCUGGGGAAGAUGACGGAACGAUUAGCCGGGCAGCCGAAGCCAUUGGGUGAACACCACCAUGGCCGGAUGGACGACCUUGAAGAAAGGUUCUCGCCUGGCAAACCCUUUGAGAGGGGUGGAAGGAUUUCACACGGAGGUCUUCGUAUCCGAUGCAGGUGGUUCGGACACGAAUGCCCAUCGUUGUUUUACAAGCAUCCAAGGAAUAUCGAACGGGUGUUCCACAGCACACAGACGGAAACAUGUAGCCAUCUCCGUCCAACAUCACAUUUGGGAGACAUACACCCAGAUCUGUCGUUUUCUUCCUGUGCCCUCGACCACGUUGGAUGUGGUCCGCGGUCGUGGGUGUCCAUCCGCUUCAGGCUAGCUGGCGUUACAGCUGUUGGCGGUAUGCUCACAAUACAGGAGAAGGUUGCACGCCGUGGGGCAUCAACGCCCGACAUCCAUCUUGAUCCCCCGGCUGGGUCAUCAGAUUCUAUGCCCGCAACUCAAAGCGCCUCGACGGAUGGUUCACAGCGUAGUGUUGAUGUCUCAAUCGGGCAUGUAUUCAUCAAACACAUGGGGUGGUUUGGCCGUUGAGUGUCUACAGUAGUACCCAUCUAUUCUCUUGCUUUGGAC